AUGUCGAAUUAUCCGAAUGGGUAUUCCGCAGGUGCACACAGCCGGGAUCAGCUCGAUCAGUACGGCCAGCCCAUCGAGGAGGAUCAAACGAUGGAUUACCGCGACAACGAAUUCGACGAUGAUUUGGAAUUCCAUAACACCCGUAUGAGAGAGGAGAAUGUGUCCUCGGUGCAAGACGAGGGUGACGAAGAGGACGAUCUGGCGUUUGAAGUGCCAGCGAGGCACUUGGAUGGCCAGCAGCCCAAUAACAGUUACUCGGACUACAGCGGCAGCAGUUCUGCACACGGUGAGUACGACAACAACUACCCGCCCUCACACUUAUCCUACGGGAAGGGUCCCCACAGGACGUUUUCCACUCUGUCCACGUCGAUGUACGACAGGGUCCCACACGAUGGGUCCAGUAACUUGCACAACGGGGCCAACCACGAGUCGAGCACGCUGUUCCCACAGGACCCGUACCCGUCUUGGACAGCGGACCCGGACUGCCCAGUUAACAUCAAACAGAUCGAGGAUAUAUUCAUCGAUUUGACCAACAAGUUCGGCUUCCAGAGAGACUCGAUGAGAAACAUGUUCGACCAUUUGAUGACACUACUGGAUUCUAGAGCAUCGAGGAUGUCCCCGCAGCAGGCGCUGCUCUCGCUACAUGCCGAUUACAUCGGUGGGGACCGUGCAAACUACAAGAAAUGGUACUUUGCCGCACAACUCGACCUCGACGACGAGAUUGGGUUUAGGAACGUAUCGCUGAACAAGAUGAACAGAAAGUCGCGCAGAGCGAAAAAAAGUAGCAGUAACAUAAUGAAGUCCACGUACACGAACGACCAGGACGUCGACGCUACCCUGAGGGCGAUAGAAGGUGACAACUCUUUGCAAGCAGCAGAUUUCAGGUGGAAAGUGAAGAUGAACAGAUUGUCCAACGUCGGGAAGAUAAGGCAUUUGGCUCUGUAUCUUUUGAUUUGGGGGGAAGCAAACCAGGUCAGAUUUACCGCAGAGUGUCUCUGCUUCAUAUUCAAAUGCGCUUUGGACUACUUGGACUCCCCACAGUGCCAAAAUAACCAGCACACAUUACACGAGGGGGACUAUUUGAACCGGGUCAUUACACCUCUGUACAAGUUUAUCAGAAAUGAGGUUUACGAAAUCCUCGAUGACCGUUUUGUGAAACGUGAAAGAGACCACAAUAAAAUCAUCGGGUAUGAUGACGUCAACCAGUUGUUCUGGUACCCUGCUGGUAUCAAUAAGAUUGUGCUAUCCAACGGUACUAGAUUGGUUGAUCUACCCACUGAGGAAAGGUACCUAAAUUUUGGGAACGUUGAUUGGGAGGCCGUGUUUUUCAAGACAUACUACGAAACGAGAACAUGGUUGCAUAUGGUGACAAACUUCAACCGUAUUUGGGUGCUUCACGCUUCCGUCUACUGGAUGUUUGUCGCUUACAAUGCUCCAACCUUCUAUACCCACAAUUACCAACAGUUGGUGAAUAAUCAACCCUUGGCUGCCUACAAAUGGGGCACCGCUGCAUUGGGUGGUACAGUUGCAUGUGUGAUAGAAUUAGCUGCCACCGUCUGCGAAUGGUUCUUUGUUCCAAGAAAAUGGGCCGGUGCGCAACAUCUAAGCACCCGUUGUAUAUUUAUCUCCGUCCUGCUCGGUAUCAAUCUGGCGCCAAUCGCUUGGUUAUUUGCAUAUGAGAAGGAUACCGUGUACAGUCACACCGCGUACGUUGUUUCGAUCGUAUUUUUCUUUGUGGCCGUCCUUACCGUGGUCUUCUUCUCGAUCAUGCCCUUGGGGGGACUGUUCACUUCAUACAUGAAAAGGUCAUCCAGAAAAUAUGUCUCAUCACAAACAUUUACGGCAUCCUUUGCGCCUUUACAUGGCUGGAGUAGACUGCUGUCGUACCUAAUCUGGAUCUUGGUAUUCGGUGCCAAAUACGCCGAAUCCUACUUUUUCUUGAUUUUGUCGCUGAGAGAUCCUAUUAGAGUGCUGUCGACAAUGACAAUGAGAUGCACUGGUGAAUACUGGUGGGGUGCUAAACUAUGUAGACAUCAACCGAAGAUCACUCUGGCUCUGAUGAUUGCUACCGAUUUUGUGCUGUUUUUCCUGGAUACCUACCUGUGGUACAUUAUUAUUAACACCGUGUUUUCCGUCUGUAAGGCAUUCUACCUGGGUAUGUCUGUGCUAACUCCGUGGAGGAAUAUUUUCACAAGGUUGCCAAAGAGAAUAUAUUUGAAGAUUCUGGCCACGGACGAUAUGGAGGUCAAGUACAAACCAAAGGUUUUGAUAUCACAGAUUUGGAACGCCAUUGUCAUCUCAAUGUACAGAGAACACUUGCUCGCUAUCGACCACGUCCAACAGCUAUUGUAUCACCAAGUUCCUGCAGAAGUCCAGGGCAAGAGAACCCUUAGAGCUCCAACGUUUUUCACUUCUCAAGAUGAUUCGAAAUUGAAGAGAGCAUUUUUCCCAGCUGAUUCCGAGGCUGAAAGAAGAAUCUCGUUUUUUGCCCAGUCUUUGGCAGUUCCUAUGGCCUCUCCGUUACCUAUUGAUAAUAUGCCAACGUUCACCGUCCUGACACCUCACUAUUCUGAAAGAAUUUUGUUAUCUUUAAGAGAAAUUAUUCGCGAAGACGAUCAAUUCUCAAGAGUCACAUUGUUGGAGUACUUAAAACAGUUACACCCGGUCGAAUGGGAGUGCUUUGUCAAGGAUACCAAGAUACUAGCGGACGAAACGGCUGCAUUUGAAGGUAUAGAGGAACAAGAAAAGGGCGAUUUAGCAUCGUCAGAUGUCGAUGACCUUCCAUUCUACUGUAUUGGUUUCAAGUCUGCAGCUCCUGAAUACACUCUGAGAACUCGUAUUUGGGCAUCUUUGAGAUCCCAAACUUUGUACCGUACAGUCUCUGGUUUCAUGAAUUAUUCAAGAGCAAUUAAGUUGCUAUACCGUGUUGAGAACCCUGAGAUUGUUCAGAUGUUUGGUGAUAAUGCCGAGGAAUUAGAAAGAGAAUUGGAAAAGAUUUCCAGAAGAAAGUUCAAGUUCUUGGUUACGAUGCAAAGAUUGGCUAAGUUCAAACCACACGAAAUGGAGAAUGCAGAGUUUUUGCUGAGAGCGUAUCCCGAUUUGCAGAUUGCAUACUUAGACGAGGAACCACCAUUACACGAGGGCGACGAGCCAAGAAUUUUUUCUGCGAUCAUUGACGGUCACUGUGAAUUGUUAGACAACGGUCGUAGACGUCCUAAGUUUAGAAUCCAAUUAUCCGGUAACCCUAUCCUGGGUGAUGGUAAGUCUGAUAACCAGAACCAUGCCAUUAUCUUCUACAGGGGUGAAUACAUCCAAUUGAUCGAUGCCAACCAAGAUAAUUAUUUGGAAGAAUGUUUGAAGAUUAGGUCCGUGCUGGCCGAAUUUGAAGAAAUGGAUGCGGAACAGUACAACCCAUACGCUGCUGACCACGAGUACCAAGAUCAGUCCGAUAACCAUCCGGUGGCCAUUGUUGGUGCCAGAGAAUAUAUCUUUUCUGAAAACUCUGGUGUCCUUGGUGAUGUCGCUGCUGGUAAAGAACAAACUUUUGGUACACUGUUUGCGCGUACCUUGUCUCAAAUCGGUGCUAAGUUACAUUACGGUCAUCCGGAUUUUAUCAACGCUACGUUUAUGACCACCAGAGGUGGUGUCUCAAAGGCGCAGAAGGGUUUGCAUUUAAACGAAGAUAUCUACGCUGGUAUGAACGCCCUUCUACGUGGUGGGCGUAUCAAGCAUGUUGAAUACUAUCAGUGUGGUAAAGGUAGAGAUUUGGGUUUUGGUACUAUCUUGAAUUUCACAACAAAAAUUGGUGCCGGUAUGGGUGAACAGAUGUUGUCCCGUGAGUACUACUAUUUGGGUACGCAACUGCCUAUUGACCGUUUCUUGUCUUUUUACUACGCGCAUCCUGGUUUCCAUUUGAAUAAUUUGUUCAUUCAGUUGUCUUUGCAGAUGUUCAUGCUUACUUUGGUUAAUUUGCACUCGUUGGCGCAUGAGUCUAUCAUCUGUGAGUACAACAGGAACAGACCCAUUACGGAUAUUUUGUAUCCGAUUGGCUGUUACAAUUUGGAGCCUGUCAUCGAUUGGGUUAGACGUUACACCCUAUCCAUUUUCAUCGUGUUUUUCAUUGCGUUCGUUCCUAUUAUCUGCCAAGAACUGAUUGAGCGUGGUGCUUGGAAGGCGACGCUAAGAUUCUGGCGCCAUGUUCUGUCGUUAUCUCCAAUGUUUGAAGUCUUUGCUGGUCAAAUCUACUCAUCUGCCCUGCUAAGCGAUUUAACCGUUGGUGGUGCUCGUUAUAUUUCGACAGGUCGUGGGUUUGCUACGUCGCGUAUUCCGUUCUCGAUUUUAUACUCUAGGUUUGCUGGAUCUGCCAUUUACAUGGGUGCGCGGUCGUUACUGAUGUUACUGUUUAGCACCGUGGCGCAUUGGCAAGCUCCGCUGUUGUGGUUCUGGGCCUCGCUGGCCUCGCUGGUGUACUCUCCAUUUAUUUUUAACCCACACCAACUAUCUUGGGACGAUUUCUUUUUAGAUUACAGAGACUUCAUCAGGUGGCUAUCAAGAGGUAACAGCAAGUACCACAAGAAUUCGUGGAUCGGUUACGUCAGGAUGUCUCGGUCUCGUGUUACGGGUUUCAAGAGAAAGCUCAUUGGCGACGAAUCUGAGAAGUCUGUUGGGGAUGCGAGCAGGGCGCACAGGACAAAUCUUGUGCUGGCCGAACUUGUCCCUGGCUUCAUAUACUCUACUGGUUGUUUCAUUGCGUUUACUUUCAUCAACGCACAAACAGGUGCGAGAUCUACGGACAACGACCGUGUUAACUCCGUUUUGCGUAUGAUCAUUUGCACUCUUGGUCCAGUGGCCGCCGACAUGGGUGUGCUGGCUGUGUGCAUGAGCAUGUCUUGUUGUUCGUCUGUGUUAUUCGGUUCGUGCCACAAGAACCCUGGGUCUGUCAUGGCAGCGUUUGCGCACGGGUUCUCCGUGGUAAUCCACAUUGGCUCAUUCAUCGUGAUGUGGGUGUUGGAAGGUUUCAGUUUUGUGAAGAUGCUGAUUGGUGUCAUUACUUGUAUCCAAUGCCAGCGGUUUUUGUUUUCGCUGAUGUCUUUGUUGUUGAUCUCCCGUGAGUACAAGAACGACCAGGCAAACAGCGCGUUCUGGACCGGGAGAUGGGGCACGACGGAGACGUCUGCAUUGAGGUAUUUCCGUGAGUACGUGGUGAAGAUCAUCGAAUUAUCCGAGUUUGCUGCCGAUUUUGUACUCGGGCAUACAAUUCUGUUGACCCAUUUCCCUGUUCUGGUGAUCCCCGGCAUUGACAAAUUGCACUCGAUCAUGUUGUUCUGGCUGAAACCAUCGCGCCAGAUCAGACCACCCAUCUUUUCGCUAAAGCAGACGCGGUUGAGAAAGCGGAUGGUACGGAAGUACUUCUGCCUGUACAUUGCCGUGCUGCUUGGGUUUGCCGCAUGUAUUGUGGGCCCUGCCGUUGCUGCUGCGUAUGUGCCAGACCGGAUAGCUCCACACCUAACUGGUGCCGGGCGCAAUCUGUUCCAACCGAGAAACGUGAACCAGAACGACACUGGGUUGAGCAUAACGACGUACUCUGCCCAUUACUACGUGUCCACUCCAUCGAUGAAAACGUGGUCCACGAAGGUGUGA